AUUUCAUUCGACCGGCUCGAAAGCGUACCAAAACAACACGGCGCCAUUCAAGCACUUCUGCCGUUUCUCGCGAUUCUGAUACCAAAUAAUGUACAAACUUGUAUAACCAGUGAAACUUGAGAAUGCUUUCAGUCCAAAGAACGUAAAUACAUUUGCAAUGGAGAACGAAAAGCUGAAGAAAACUACCGCGAACGUCUCAUCGUUACCCUCGCCAGCACUUUGCAUCCCGGGCACCACUGACGACACGGAACCGGAUGAGCAACAGGACCUCAGCAAACACCAGGGACGAACACGUUCCUUUCCCCACGAGCGUGGCAUCUGGGCCAGUUACGUCUUCAUAGACUAUGGCGACUCGGACGGUUGGCUUGAAAUGCAAAACGAGUGCAAAACCCUGCUCAACGAUGCUACCACCACGCUGGAAUUCAAUCCAAUCGACCGGAUGCAUCUGAGUCUCACGAAAACCUUCACCAUCCGGCACCACAACAUCAACCCGUUCGUGUCGAAUCUGCGGGAGCAACUGGCAGGUCGGCGCCGCUUUCGGCUCGAGUUUUCCGGCGUACAGGUGUACGUGAACGAGGAACGCACCCGCACAUUCCUCGGCGUACGUGUGGCCGACGAAUCGUACGGAGCGCUCAACACGCUCGUCACCAGCCUGGAUGAGUGUUUGCGCGAAUACAAGCUGCCGCUGUAUUACACCGAUCGGGCAUUUCACGUCAGCAUUCUGUGGUGUUUGGGUGAUCGAGAAGCGGAAGUGCGGAAAGAGCUGCCCGCGCUCACGGCCGUGUUCGAACGGGUGUACGAGGAGGAGUAUUGUGAUAUUAGCCAGCAAGUGAAAACACUAUGGUUCAAAUGUGGGAAUAAAUCAUUUCAUUUCGAUCUUAUUUAACAUAAACUCGAGCGGUAUGGAAAUGG